CGGAAGCGCCGCCCGGUCUGACCCGGAAGUACCGGCGGCGGCGCCCGCAAUGGCGGCGCGGGCCGCGCUGGACGCGGCGGUGGCGGCGGCGAAGCGGGACGUGGUUCUGUACGAGCACGACCGCAGCCGCUUCUUCCGCCUGGUGGGGCUGUUCUGCGCGGGGCAGGGGCUGCUCUGGGCCUGCCUGGCGCGCUUCGCCUUCACCGCGCUGCGCCCGGUGCCCGGCACCGGCGCCGGGGCCGAUGACCCGCUGCGGCCCCGCGACAACAAGUGGCGCUUUGCCUUCACGGCGUCCUGCCUCACCGUCGGCUCGCUGACGCUGGCCGCGGGCUGGGCGCUGCCGCUGCGCUCGGUGGCGCGGCUGACGCUGCUGCGCGGCGGCACCGCCGUGGCCAUCGGCACCCCGGGGCCGCUGGGGCUGG